UGCACCAUUGCAGACCGAGGCGAGAACCCGGAAGAGGAUACUAAAACCACAACAACUCGCUCUGAUCUCUUCUCAAAACUCGCUUUUAGGAAAUAGUAACGGUCUUACAUCCGAUCUGGUGUAAUAUCGGACCGGACUUUGGCACCGACAGCUUGUGAGUGAUCCGGGUGAUGGCUGCCGUGUCGCUUCUGUAGCCGAGCUGCUUCUGCCUCAUUGAAACGCUGAAAACAAACCUUUAGCUAGCUCCUGGGCAGCUGAAGAAGAUGCCCGCUCGUAACGCCCUUUCCGACGGGAACAACAAAGUCAGGUACUCCCGGUUAGCCACUGAUGAUGACGGCUACAUUGAUUUACAGUUCAAAAGGAGCCCACCCAAAGUCCCAUACAAAGCCAUAGCACUGGCCACAGUCCUCUUCUUAAUCGGCUCUCUGUUAAUCAUCAUUGGCGCCCUUCUCCUGGCUGGAUACUUCGGAGUCACUCACUCAGACCGAACUGUGCCUGUCCUCAUCAUUGGGAUUCUUGUCUUCCUGCCUGGAAUUUACCACCUACGAAUAGCUUACUAUGCAUCGAAGGGCUACCAUGGCUACUCCUAUGACGAUAUCCCAGACUUUGAUGACUGACAAAAACCUCAGUUUAUUCCUGUACUCACGUAUACUCAUAAUAUUCAGCUUGGGCUCAUUUAAAUGCGCAGAUAUCUUGAAAGAAAAUUAGUUAGAAAUUACCUGCAUCCAAAUCUGAAGGAUUUUGUUGUCAUAGGGUAAAAUAUUCUAGCUAGCUGAUGUCAGCCUGCUGUUAUGAAGCUAAAUCAGUAUUAGACAUUGUUGGAUUUAUAUUUGUUUUUAUUUGCUUGAUAAGUUAAUAAAACUGUAAUUUCAUGAUUGUCU